AUGAGGCUGGUCCAUGCGGCUGGGAAGAGGGCAAUGGGGCAGCUGAGGGCGCUGCUCGCCGCAGGGGCUGACGUGGGGGCGAGGGCCGGGCUGGAGGGGCGGACCGCCCUGCACUGGGCAGCGCGCAAGGGAGACGUCGAGGCGGUGAGGCUGCUGCUGGAGGCAGGGGCGGCGGUGGACGCCAGGGAGAUCAAGGGCAAGCAGAGGACGCCUCUGCACCUGGCUGCAGAGCAGGGAGGCGCCGCUGUCGUGCGGCUGCUGCUGCGGGCGACCGCCGACCCCAACGCCAGAGAUUGCAGAGGGCAGGCAGAAGUGGCAGCUGCGUUGCUCGACGCGGGGGCCAACAGGGGGGCCACAACUGGUGAUGAUGGGGAGACAGCGCUGGACAUCGCCAGGGAGUCGGGCUACAGGCGGGUGGUGGAGAUGCUGUCAUGA